UGAGACGACCCCUCAGCUCAUCAUGAUGCAGUCAGCUUUUUUCGCGGCAGCCAUGCUCUCACUCAUGGCCGUCGCCCAGGAGCCGUCGCCGACAACCGGUCCGCCUUUCCCAGGCGUGCUGCCCACGGCCACGCCCCAGUCCGGCUGCCCCGCCGUCACGGAAACGGGCCUCCUCUGCUCGACGUGCGUGGUCCCGGCGUGCAUCGAUUUCUCGACGGUGACGCAGGUCUGCGGCUGCCCGACGCCUGUCGCGACGGUCUACCUCAACUGGCCCUGCGGCGGCGAGGACGCGUGCGCCGGGGCAGGCUGCACGACUGACUUCCAGGUGGAGGGGCUGUCGGGGGCUUGCGCGUCGACAAGGGGGGACGGAAGCGGCGCGGCGCCUGACACGACGACGGUGUCUGUGACGGUGACGACGGGUGUGCCUGAGAUAUCCCCUCCUGGAGGCCCGUCAGGGUCGGAGACGACGGGGUUCACGACGCCGCGGCCGAGCUCGAAUGGCACGGUGCCGGGGCCGUCGUCUGGCGGGCCAUCGUCGGUGGUGGAGAAUGCGGCAGGACGGAUGAGGGUGCCAUUGUUGGGAUGGUGGUGA